CUGUCUCCCAGCUAUUGCUAAACAGAGGACGAGUGCUUCCAGGAGAAUCUGCUGCUGGCUAUUACAUACGACAUGGCAGCUAAGAAGAGAAGGAAAGACUUCAUGAACAACAACGCAAAGAUUCCUUAUUUCCACAAAGAGAAAUGGAUUUACGUCCACAAAGGAAGCACUAAAGAGCGUCAUGGUUACUGCACUCUGGGAGAAGCCUUCAACCGGCUGGACUUCUGCAGCGCCAUCAAGGACAACAGGAGGUUCAACUACGUCGUCCGGCUGCUGGAGCUCAUUGCCAAGUCCCAGCUGCCGUCGCUCAGCGGAGUGGCUCAGAAAAAUUACAUGAACAUCCUGGAGAGAGUGGUGCAGAAAGUCCUGGAUGACCAGCAGAAUGUCCGUCCCAUCAAGGAGCUCCUUCAGACCCUGUACGUGUCUCUGUGUGGUCUGGUGCAGGAUAUGGGGAAGUCUGUUCUGGUGGGAAACAUCAACUGUUGGGUCCACCGCAUGGAGAACAUCCUGCAGUGGCAACAACAGCUGGACAACAUUCAGAUCAACAGGCCUGUGUCUAAGGGUAUGACCCUAACAGACCUGCCUGCCAGCCUGCAGCUCAACAUCAUGGAGCGUCUGUCAGAUGGCAGGGACCUGGUCAGUCUGGGACAGGUGACUCCAGACCUGGGACAACUCACUGAGGACAGGCUGCUGUGGAAGAGGCUCUGCCAGUACCACUUCACUGACAGACAGAUCCGUAAGCGUCUGAUGGUGUCAGACAAGGGCCAGUUGGAGUGGAAGAAGAUGUACUUUAAGCUGUGUCGCUGCUACCCUGUCAGAGAGCAAUACAGUGAAACCCUGCACUUCUGUACACACUGCCACAUCCUCUUCUGGAAGGAUACAAACCACCCUUGCACAGCCAACAACACAGAGAGCUGCUGUAAGCCUGUUUCUCCACAAGGCUUUAUCAAUCUCUUCAAGUUCUGAGAGCCACACAGAGCCUGAGUGACUUUUGUACAUACAGAACUGUUUAUAGUGCAAUCGACGGAUUCAAACAGGCCCUUAGUAUGUGUAUAGGGGUGAUGGUGCAUUUGAUUCCUGGUCACCAUGACACUGGGGAGAGGAAGCAGUGGGGAAAUGAUGCAAUCAAA